CGCAGCAUGCCGGACGUCGAGGAGAAAGUGCCCCUGAAGGACCCAGGCGAUCCAGAGUGCCGGUCCUGCAAGCCCGAAACGUCAGCACCGACCCGGGAAGACCGGAGCGGCCCCGAGGCCCCACCUGAGGAUCUUUCUGUCGCAGGUCUGAUAGAUACAGUUGACAACGUUUCUAAGCUGAGCAACAAGAUUGGAAUGAAUCAUGAUUUCCACAUGGAAGAAAAGGUUUCCCCUCCAAGCAGUUUGAAAGGCAAGGUCAAGGAGACAAUGCACAAUGCUUUUUGGGACCAUCUCAAAGAGCAAUUGUCAGCCACUCCCCCAGACUUCAGUUGUGCUCUUGAACUUCUGAAAGAAAUUAAAGAGAUCCUGCUCUCACUGCUCUUACCACGCCAGAGCCGCCUACAGAGUGAGAUUGAAGAAGCGCUGGACACGGAGCUCCUCCGGCGGGAAGCAGAACACGGGGCCCUGAACGUCCCUCUUCUCUCUAAGUACAUUCUGGACAUGAUGACUCUGCUGUGUGCACCAGUUCGAGACGAAGCAGUGCAGAAGCUAGAGAGCAUUACAGACCCGGUUCUGUUACUGAGAGGAAUCUUCCAGGUUCUGGGCCUGAUGAAAAUGGACAUGGUGAACUAUACUAUCCAGAGCCUUCAACCACACCUGCAGGAACAUUCCAUCCAGCAUGAACGGGCGACAUUCCAGGAACUCCUCAAUAAACAGCCCAGCCUCCUUGACCACACCACCAAGUGGCUGACCCAAGCGGCCGCAGACCUCACCACGCCACUUCCGACUUGCCUGGACGCUUCCGACUCUGCCACUGUGGCCUGCUCCUCUCCGAACGAGGCAGUCAGCAGCCCGGAGCCCCUCAGCCCUACGAUGGUGCUGUCCCAGGGGUUCCUGAACCUCCUUCUCUGGGACCCUGCAAAUGAAGAGUUCCCUGAGACGCUGCUGAUGGAUAGGACCCAGCUGCAGGAGCUGGAGUCCCAGUUGCACCAGUUGACCAUCCUGGCCUCAGUUUUGCUGGUGGCCAGCAGCUUCUCUGGCAGUGUUUUGUUCGGCUCACCUAGGUUUGUGGACGAGCUGAAACGCAUAACCAAACACCUGAUGGUGGAGUUCGACUCCAGGCCUGAAGAGGCCAUGCGGACUGUGAGUGAACAGGUGUCUCAGGAAAUCCAUCAAAGCCUCAAAAAAAUGGGCCUGGCUGCUCUGAGCAGUGACAACACAGCAUCUCUGAUGGGACAGCUCCAGAACAUUGCCAAGAAGGAGAACUGUGUCCGCAGCGUCAUUGAUCAGCGGAUCCAUUUGUUUCUCAAAUGCUGUCUGGUCCUCGGUGUGCAGCGAUCCCUGUUAGACCUCCCCGGAGGCCUUACUGUCAUUGAAGCAGAACUGGCAGAACUGGGCCAAAAGUUUGUCAGCCUAACGCAUCACAAUCAGAAGGUGUUUGGCCCCUACUACACAGAGAUCCUAAAAACCCUCAUCCCUCCAGCCCAGGCCCUGGAAACCGAGGUGGAGUCUCUGUGAAUGUACCGGCUCCAAGCCUGGCCUCUCGGACCUGGAGAGAGCUCGGCAUUCUCCUGGGGUGAUCUCACCAGUGAAACAUCAGAGCAGGAAGGCUCCUCCCCUCCCGCAGCCGGGCCACCAGGGCUGAAGUGAGCAGCAUGUCAGCACCAACUGGCCCAAACUCAUUCACUAAUAAACUUCUGAACUGCAAGCAAACCUCC